GUCUCGUUUGGUCUCGUCCCCACCCCCUUCCUUCCUCCUUGCCGUGCCACUCUCCUCCGACCGUGCAAUAACCUCCUCCCCUAGCUGAAUAGACUCUCCGAUCGCAUGGGGGCCAUAAGUCUUCCAUGUGUGAUGAUAGUUCAGGUCGCCUGCUUCCAGGGUAUGCGACCCUGCUGACAGCCACCGAUCAUAAUCCUUCUCCUAUUGCUUUUCCCCUAAGCUUCGCAGAUCUAGCGCCCUGACGCCAGCCAUCGCCUUUGAAAUCAAUCAUCACUUGCUUCUACACCUCCGCUUUUCUUUUACCGCGCUUCUGACUGUUGCCGAUCGACUGAUACUCGGGAUUGGUACGCCGAGUCAGCCUCGCGAGGGACCAACCCCGGCCGCGUUUUCCAUUUCUUUCCGGCCUGCUGCUCGUGCUUCUUAAUCCACCCCAGUACAUCACCGUCAGGAUGAAGCACAUCGGCAAAACCGGCCGGGACAACCUGGGUGCCGCCAUCUCGAUGCUGGCGCUGGCGGUGGUCUCGGUCGCUCUCCGGUUGGUGGUGAGAAUCAUGACUCGACAAUGGUCUCCCUUGUCCGACGGCCUGCUUGUGUUAUCGCUGGCAUGCAUGGCGGUGUUUGCGGCUUUGUUAAUCCAGUAUAUUGUCGCGGGACCCGGCCCAGGCACUUUCGACCUGAACGAAUUCGCCGCCGAUGCAGACAUUGGGGGUAUGGUAUGGGCCAAGGCAUUUCUAAAGACACUCUACGUCGCCGACCUUUUCUUCAUGGCGACCAUCAGCUUUGUCAAAUUGUCGGUACUCGCCUUCCUGCACAGUCUCUUCAAGAUUUCAAAGAUAUACCGCAUCUUGAACUAUGUGACAGCCGGCCUCUGCGUUGCUUGGUUCCUCAUUGUUCUCUUCGUCAACAUUUUCCAGUGUCAUCCCAUCCACAUGUUGUGGGAUGCGAUGGGCGCUGCGGAAUACUGUAUUGCCAGUGGUCGGCUCUGGCUAGGGAUGGAGCUUACGAACCUGUUCCUCGACGUUAUGAUCUUGUUUCUGCCCGUGUAUGUGGUGACGAGGCUUCAACUCAGUCGCACGCGCAAGAUCCAGGUUACCGGUAUAUUCCUCUUGGGUGGACUGGUCUGCAUUGCCAGUAUCUGCAAGCUCUCCUAUCUGUGGAUUCCAGCCACGCCGCAGGUGGUCCGGGCCCCCGAGACAAUGGUCUGGUCAUCAGUCCAGCUGGGUGUGGCCACGCUCUGCGCCUGUCUACCAACCUACGCCCCAUUAUUCCGAGUCGCCCGGGGAAAGAUGUCUACGGGGAAGUCGCCCACGCCCCCAUAUCCCUACGGAAGCGACAACACGCCGCGCAAUGCUCCGGCAGGUAAGAGCGCACCCUAUCGACGGGUGGAAGAUCCGCUGCUGAGUACCCAGCAGACGGAAAUCACGCGCGGGGAUGGCGAGUCGUACAAGAUGGACCAGCUCGGCCCCUGCCAUAUCUACGUGAAGCAGAGUGUAGACGUUGACGUGGUCUAG